GCGGGGGGGGGGAAGAGUAGGAGGGGUCCUCUCCUUUUUCCUUAAAAAUUUCUACCCUCCUUGCGCCAGCUACUUAUCUCUCCUACCUCUCACACCCCCUCUCUUCUUUCUUCCUCUUCUUCCAUCCUUCUCUGCGUCCCCAACACCCUCUGAUUCAAUCGUGAUUACGAGUACUGGUAUUCUCUCUUCGCUAUUCUUAUACGGCCUGUACCCGCCUUGGUAAAUCUCCCUCCUGUGUAUUUUUAAGCUUCAGGGCCCUUUUGGAGCUUUCCCCAAAUUCCUCUUCCCCGAAGCACAAACCACCUUAUCCAGCUAAUAAAAAAUGGUACCCAACAGAUCUGUCACUCAUCGUCACUUUCAGGAUACUGGCAUCUGGAGAGAUGCUCCAGUCUACAAAGGAGCAACCAAAUUUCCCCCCCUCGAGGAUGCGAAGAACAUCCUAAUCACUGGUGGAGCUGGUUUCAUCGCUUGCUGGCUUGUCCGCCAUCUUACCCUCACUUAUCCGGAGUACAACAUCAUUUCGUAUGAUAAGCUUGACUACUGCGCUUCUCUGAACAAUACUCGUUGUCUGAGUACUGCCCCAAACUUCACCUUCGUCCAUGGCGAUAUCACUUCUCCUGAGGAAGUUCAGAAUGCUUUCCGUAAAUACAACAUUGAUACAGUGUUCCACUUUGCUGCGCAAUCCCAUGUUGAUUUGUCGUUUGGAAAUUCUUAUGAGUUUACUUCGACCAACGUCUAUGGUACCCACGUAUUGCUCGAGUGUGCCAAGAAUCAUGGCUCGUUGAAGAGAUUCAUCCACAUUUCCACAGAUGAGGUAUAUGGCGAGGUCGACGAGGACGGUGAAGAUCUGAUUGAGCAGAGCAUCUUGGCCCCCACCAACCCCUACGCUGCUAGUAAGGCGGCUGCGGAAAUGUUGGUGCACUCCUACUAUAAGAGUUUCAAGCUCCCUGUCAUCAUUGUUAGAAGCAACAAUGUAUACGGACCUCACCAAUUCCCGGAGAAGGUCAUUCCUAAAUUCUCUUGCCUCCUCCACCGUGGUGAAAAAUUACUCCUCCACGGUGAUGGGAAGCACACCCGUCGUUAUCUCUUUGCUGGCGAUGCUGCUGAUGCUUUCGAUACUAUCCUUCACAAGGGUUUGAUCGGGCAGAUCUACAAUGUCGGUUCCACCGAUGAGAUUUCCAACCUGGAGCUCUGUGCGCUUCUCCUGAAGCAAUUCGGCCAUGACCCUGCCGUCGACUUUGAUUCAUUUGUCGAGCACACCAUUGAUCGUCCUUUCAAUGACCGCAGAUAUGCUGUCGAUGCUACCAAGCUGAAGAGUUUAGGUUGGGUACAGAAGACCACCUUCGCCGAGGGGUUAAAGGCUACCGUCGACUGGUACAGAAAGUUUGGAAGUGAGUGGUGGGGCAACAUCGACCUUGUCCUUGUACCCUUUCCAGUCGUCAAGGAUUCGGAGGUCGUGGAUGCCGAUAAUAGUGGAUCCAAGAGUUCGUAAAUCUUACCACCGUUUUUUUAUUCGUUUUCAAUAUACUUGUAGGGAUUUAGAGGUUUGGGUUGGAACAGCUUGUUUUCGAAUUGGGCAGCUUCGGUCCGGCGGGGUUUUUGCGAGUAUACUGAAGUGGAAUGUCACACGGUUUUCUUCACAUUUAAGCUAGUUAGUGCUGUUCUAUAAAAAAAACCCCAUUUUUAAUUUUACCAA